CUUCCGGAAUCAUCCAUCUACUGUUGCUGUCUCCGUUUAGCUAGCUUGCAUGAAAUAUCUUUCUAGAAACCACGAAUAACGACGACGUACUUUCUUGAAGAUUGAAUUGUCAACAUGGGUUACAAUAGAUUCAGGGUCAACGCUACUCGGAAGAUGUCGAAGACGUUAGCCCUGACCGUUCUAGCCUGUUUGUCGUUCUGCAUCUGUGUUUGCAGGGCAGAGGAUAGUGCCAUGGAGAACAUGGUAACAGAGAGGAAGGUUGAGGAUAACCACAGACAAGACAGUGCCGACCUGCUGAUUUUCAUCAUGCUCCUAACCCUCACGAUUUUAACCAUAUGGUUAUUCAAGCACCGUCGUUUCAGGUUUUUGCAUGAAACGGGACUGGCCAUGAUCUAUGGUGUGCUAGUUGGGGUGGUCCUGCGCUAUGGUAUCCACGUACCCCGUGACAUUAGUAACGUCACCCUCAGUUGCCAUGUCAAUGCCAGCCCGCCUACACUGCUCGUCAACGUCAGCGGCAAGUUCUACGAGUACACGCUGAAGGGCGAGAUAAGCGCCUCUGAGAUCAGUGAUGUACAAGACAACGAGAUGCUUCGCAAGGUGACCUUUGACCCCGAGGUGUUCUUCAACAUCCUCCUGCCCCCCAUCAUCUUCCAUGCCGGCUACAGUCUGAAGAGGAGGCACUUCUUCAGGAACAUGGGGUCCAUCCUGGCCUACGCCUUUCUGGGAACAGUCAUAUCAUGUUUCAUCAUUGGGUUGCUGAUGUACGGCUGUGUCACGCUGAUGAAGCAGGUGGGACAGCUUGACGGGGACUUCUUCUUCACUGACUGUCUGUUGUUUGGAGCCAUUGUCUCUGCUACUGACCCCGUGACGGUGCUGGCCAUCUUCAACGAGCUGCAGGUGGACGUGGAUCUGUACGCUCUGCUGUUUGGAGAGAGCGUUCUCAACGACGCCGUGGCCGUGGUGCUGUCCUCGUCCAUCGUGUCGUACCAGCCGGAGGGGGACAACAGUCACACCUUUGAGGUGAUGGCCAUGUUGAAGUCCUUCGGGGUGUUCCUGGGGGUCUUCAGUGGAUCCUUCGCCCUAGGAGUGGCCACCGGGGUCAUGACAGCACUCGUCACUAAGUUCACUAAGCUGAGGGACUUCCAGCUACUGGAGACGGCUCUCUUCUUCCUCAUGUCCUGGAGCACCUUCUUAAUGGCUGAGGCCUGUGGCUUCACAGGUGUGGUGGCAGUGCUGUUCUGUGGAAUCACUCAGGCUCACUACACCUUCAACAACCUGUCCCCUGAAUCCCAGGACAGGACCAAACAGUUGUUUGAGCUGCUGAACUUCCUGGCGGAGAAUUUCAUCUUCUCCUACAUGGGUCUGGCCCUGUUCACCUUCCAGAACCACAUCUUCAACCCCACCUUCAUCGUGGGUGCUUUUCUGGCAGUGUUCCUGGGCAGAGCAGCCAACAUCUACCCCCUGUCCUUCCUGCUCAACCUUGGACGCAGGAACAAGAUCAGCUCCAACUUCCAACACAUGAUGAUGUUUGCAGGGUUGCGUGGGGCGAUGACUUUUGCCCUCUCCAUCCGGGACACGGCUACGUACGCCCGUCAGAUGAUGUUCACAACCACCCUCCUCAUCGUCUUCUUCACUGUAUGGGUCUGUGGAGGCGGCACCACCCAGAUGCUUUCCUGCCAGCACAUACGUGUGGGUGUAGAUUCGGACGCAGAUAACUCAGUGAGCAUUACAGAGGGAUCAGAGCGGAGGAGCACCAAACACGAGAGUGCCUGGCUCUUUAGGAUCUGGUACAACUUUGACCACAACUACCUGAAGCCCAUCCUGACACAUAGUGGCCCCCCACUCACCGUCACCAUGCCUGCCUGCUGUGGACCACUGGCCAGAUGUCUCACCAGCCCACAGGCCUAUGAGAACGAGUGCCAGCUGAAGGACGACGACUCGGACCUCAUCCUGACGGACGGGGAUAUCAGCCUAACCUACGGUGACAUCACGGUGAGCACGGACGCCAGCGGCGCCCACACCAGCGCCGGGCCCGCGGGCACCACCUCCGCCGUCAUCUCCGCUGACGACCUGGACCGCGAGCUAACGUACGGUGACCACGAGCUGGUGAUGAGGGGCACCCGCCUGGUCCUGCCCAUGGACGACUCCGAGCCCCCGCUCGCGGACCCCCGACACCGUAUUCGGAUGUGAGGGGAAAGAGAGGCCAGCUAGCCAGAUGACCAAUUCACUCUACGUCCUGCUCACUUUAAUCUGCAGGAAUGAGAUCAACUAAGAUCAGCAAGAGACUGGUCUCUCUCUGUCUGUUUGUCUCUCUGAUUGUGUCUGUUUGUCUUCCUCUCUCUUUCUCUCUCUUUCCUUUUCUCUCAUACCACUUUGAGUUUCUCAAGUGGCUAGUCCAUGUCUCUACCUCAUUCUUGUUUGCUAAUUUCUACUCCUGUCGCCAUCACUGUAAUAUGAAGUAUUUAUUCAUGUUUUCUUUUGAUUUGGUUAAACCGAUUAGCUUUUCUCAGUUUGUCUUCUAAUAGGACCACACUGAAAUCACGUGGCAAUCUUGUCACAGUAGCGUUGUAGAGGACUCUAUACGAGUCUAUGCGCAUGCAUUAGUCUAUAUGUGGAGGUCACAGUACAACAGCUAGUUUGUCUCUGUAUCACAAGGUGUAUAAUAACGGUGACAUGCUAACUGUGCAUGCUAAAUUGUGCAUCCUUUUUCUAUGCGUGGGGAGUGAGAAGUUCGAGGGGCUGACUGAAAUUGUAGCCUUGUUUUUGGGUCUGAUCCUGAAUGUUACUGCCUUCUCUGUGUGAUCCAAGGCAUGCUGACCUGAUUUUAAUGGCGCUGCGUCGUAUUUUGUUGCUAUGCGUAUACGGUUACAAUCAAGUGCCUCAGUGACCACUAGUUUAUUUUCCCUUUUAGAAGUAAUACAAUCCUCCAUCCACAGGGUGGCGACCUUCUCUAUGGGUGACAGGCUGUCCGCGUUUGAGCCGUUGGGCUGUAGAUUGUUACAAUGUUAUAGCCUGGUUGAACGACAAUGGUAAGGACAGAGCUCAGUCUGGUUUAACCAGGCUAACGAUGUAAUUCUGCUCGCUCUGUGUAACCUGGCGCACGUCUUGGAUCUCCCACAACGACCUUAGACUGUGACUUUGCGAGGGUUUGACACCUUAUUUUAGAAGCUGAUGUCACUCACCACAGAUGCAGAAAGAAGGGCUGCCGUUUUGAAUACCAGAUCCAAUCUCCCGUACGGUGAAAGCUAGUGCCAUUUCUCCUGCAUUGACAUUUUAUGAAAAGAGUGCAGACAGCCUCAAAAUACUUUGUAUGUAUUUUGCAACAUACUUUAAGUACUUUAGCUACAUAACUCGUUGUCACUGUAAUUAUACUAGACUGUAUGUGUAACAUGGUGAAUAUUUGAUAUUAGGGACUGCAAUGUUACUAUUAUCAAACCUACUGUGGACUUUAUCUGUGCUAAGCCCUUGCUUCCUACUGGCUAAGAUCUAUCUGGUUAUUCACUGCAUUGAAGUAGUAUACAGGGAACAUUCUACAGUAGCUCUUGAUCAAAGAUCAAAUUUGCUUUGUUUUUGGCAAAUUUAUCUGGAAUUAACAUUUGUGGAUCAACAAUGUUGCUUCAUUUCUUAUCCAAUUAUUUUCCAAUUGAAUUUGCUUCAUUUGGGAUUAUUUAUGGAAAUGGCCUGAUGACUGUCCAUGUCAAAAAAUUGAUGAGCUGCUGCUACCGCAGUUCAACUGUUAACUGCCCUGAGUUACUGAUCUAUUGACUACAUUGUUCCUGAUACUGUAUGAUGUUGUGAUAUGAGGGAUUUCUACAUACUAUCCGAAACAAUAUGAAUAGGCAAAUUGGGAUAACAUUUCAGAUGAAAUGAUUCAGAAUAGAUAUUUAGAGAAGCUGGUAGGGAUCACUUGAAGAAAACAGUGGUUGUACAAAAGGAAUGUGUGCUAAUCUUUAUUUGUGUAAAAUAAUGAUACAAUAGGUUUGUAUUAGACAUGCAGUAGUCUAAUGUAUCCUAUAUGCCUCGCUCUUCAUUGUAUGGGAGUUGGGCUGAUUUUAUAGCUGAUGCCUGGCCUCUGAGUGAAUAGCUCCUCUAACCUUCUUGGCUACAUGGGCUCUGGCCUGUGACAGGUCUGGGAUCAGAGUGAGUAGCUCCUCUGAGCUGUUUGGCUACAUGGGCUCUGCCCUUGUGACAGGUCUGGGAUCAACGGUGGCUGUUAAUGUGGUGCAGCAGGAAGUGUUGACAGGUUCACGGCCUGACAACGCACUGUUGAUGUGGAUGGAAUCGGCCGCUGUGCCAGACAGCACUACAGAGGGAGGGAGUAGGAGAGAGUGAAUGAGACAGGGUAGGGGCAGAGGAAAGGGAGGUAGAGAGAUACUGUACAUCUUUCCUGUAGUCAAAGCAAUUACCUUUUGCACCUGGGGUGGAGGAGAGUCAAAGGGAGGGGAAGGUUAAAAUAAAGAGAGAGGGAAGAGGGCAGUUUACUAGACAUGCCUUGGGUCUUCCACUCAGUGUUACCUCCUGCUGUGCAGGAACCUCUGAUGGCACAUGUCUUCUCUUCGUUUUUAUCAGGCAUGCCUCUUGACACCACAAUGUGCAGUAAAUGAUUUUCCCCGCCAUUUUCUGUUUUUUUUCCCCUCCAUUUUCUGUUUUUUUCCCCUCCAUUUUGUUUAUUCUUGAUGGAGAUGGGAAAUAAGGCGAAAGCAUUAAAGAUGUUGCAGCAUUUGCACUUGUUUUUUGAGAAUUGUUUGUUUCAUUUUCAUCUUGCUUUGAUUGUCUUGCAUGUGACAUUUGUCAUACUUUUGAGCUGCUUUUUAACUGGCUUUGAAUUAUGUGUUGGGUUUAUAAUGAAAUGAAAAGGAAUUCACAUGAAUCCAGUGAAAUAUGAUCAAUUUAUGUACAGGUUAUUAUGAUCAAUGUUACCAAGAGAAACAAGAUUGGCCUCAUUCCUUUCCCAUGCCAUUGACUGACUGUCUUCACAACAACAAAAAAGUCUAAAUCAGGAGUGUGUACCAGUCUAUCACUGACAGAUCAAAUAAUGUCGUUGGUCAAAAAAGCCCCUUGUAGGUCUACUUAUAUUUGCCUGUACUGUUCUUACAGUAUGUGUUCUAUUUUUGAUUUGAACUAUGAAUGUUAACUUGUAAUUAACAUGUUGACACUAGUCUGAAGUAGCUGACCAAAGGGGCUUGUUGUACUCUGUGUUUUCAGACUGGCCAAUCUGUGUUUAUACUGCUACUUCGCUGUGUGUGUGUGUGUGUGUGUGUGUGUGUGUGUGUGUGUGCGCCCGUGCACAUGCGUGUGUGCAUGUUGUCUACACCUGUGUGUGUGUGUCUGCUGUAAUGCGUGUGUGUGUCACACUGUUCUCUCUCAGUGUUGUCGGUACUGACUGUUUACAUCUCUGUAAAUAUCCUCACCUGUUCAAGUUGCGUGCAAUGUUCAAGAAACAGAAGCCUGUGCUUUGGAUUAAACCCUCCUCUGUAAUCGUA